AACCCCCAAAGUUCAGAUCUCACACUUCAUUUGUGGCAAAUUUCGAAGUAGCAACAAUGUCGGCUCGCUUAAUUCUCCUUCUCUCUCUUACAACUCUCCUCCUCUUCUCUAUGCUCUCUCCUUCCAUCUCCAAAACUCAAAACGACAAGGUAAAAAACGACGACAACGACGACGAAGAUCUCAGCUUCCUCGAGGAGGAAACUGAUAAAAAGGACGCCACCCUUCAUGAUCACCACUACCCGGACUCGGAACAGUUUGAAGAAGACGACAUAGAUAGCGAUGACUUCGAAAACUACCCUGAUUUUGACGAUUCCGAGUCCGAUCCAUACAAGAUGCCUGAAGUUGACGACAAGGACGUCGUCGUUUUGAAGGAAAGGAAUUUCAGCGAUUUUAUUGAAAAUCAUAAGUUCGUUAUGGUUGAGUUUUACGCCCCGUGGUGCGGCCACUGUCAGGCGCUUGCUCCUGAGUAUGCGGCGGCAGCUACGGAGCUGAAGGGGGAGGAUGUGGCGUUGGCGAAAGUGGAUGCUACUGAGGAGAGUGAGUUGGCACAGGAGUAUGAUGUUCAAGGAUUUCCUACUGUGUACUUCUUCGUUGACGGAGACCACAAGCCAUAUCCUGGGCAGAGGACCAAGGAUGCUAUUGUGACUUGGAUCAAGAAGAAAAUAGGACCUGGUAUAAACAAUAUUACCACAUUGGAUGAUGCUGAACGCGUGUUGACAACUGAUAGUAAAGUUGUUCUGGGCUACCUCAAUUCUUUGGUGGGUCCUGAAAGUGAAGAGCUCGCUUCUGCAUCAAGGCUAGAAGAUGAUGUUAAUUUCUACCAAACUGUAGAUCCUGAUGUGGCAAAAGUUUUCCAUCUUGACCCCAAAGUGAAACGCCCUGCUUUGGUCCUGAUUAAGAAGGAGGCUGAGAAACUGAGUUACUUUGAUGGGAACUUUUCCAAGUCUCAGAUAGUUGAGUUUGUGUUUGCCAACAAGCUUCCUCUGGUGACCACUUUUACUAGAGAAAGUGCCCCUACAAUUUUUGAGAGUCCAAUUAAAAAGCAGCUGUUGCUAUUUGCAACUUCAAAUGAUUCAGAGAAAGUUUUGCCAUUAUUUCAAGAAGCAGCUAAAUUUUUCAAGGGAAAGCUUAUCUUUGUAUAUGUUGAAUUGGACAAUGAAGAUGUUGGGAAGCCGGUUGCAGAUUAUUUUGGUAUCGCUGGAAAUGCUCCCACAGUUCUUGCUUACACAGGAAAUGAAGAUGGUAAGAAAUUUGUACUUAAUGGGGAAGUUACCUUGGAAAAGAUAAAGACUUUUGGAGAGGAAUUUCUUGAGGACAAGCUUAAACCUUUCUUCAAGUCGGACCCAAUUCCUGAAACUAAUGAUGGUGAUGUCAAAAUAGUAGUUGGGAAUAACUUUGAUGAAAUUGUGUUGGAUGAGUCUAAAGAUGUGCUUCUUGAGAUAUAUGCACCAUGGUGUGGACAUUGUCAAGCACUAGAGCCGACAUACAACAAGCUUGCCAAACAUUUGCGGGGCAUUGAAUCUCUUGUUAUUGCCAAGAUGGAUGGAACAACAAAUGAGCAUCCAAGGGCAAAGUCUGAUGGAUUCCCCACCAUUCUCUUCUUCCCUGCUGGAAACAAGAGCUUUGAACCCCUUACUGUAGACACUGAUCGCACUGUGGUAGCAUUAUACAAGUUCAUAAAGAAACAUGCGUCCAUCCCCUUCAAGCUUCAAAAGCCAGCAUCGACUGCAAAAUCUGAGAGUUCUGAUGACAAAGGAAGUCAUGAGAAUAGCACCAAUGACGUGAAGGAUGAAUUGUGAGAAACAGAAUAUUUAAUGCGGUUUGCUAAUUUAUGCAUCUUUUUUAUAUUAUUUAGACAUGAAGGAGGCUAAACCAAUAGUUUCAGACGAAAAUAGUUUUAGCGUAGAGGGAGACAUAUAUGUCCAAAUUGAGCUGGAGAUGAUCUGAAUCCCCUUAAACACCCCCACCAAAAGAAGAAAACCCCAUGAUAUGUAUUAGCUUUCAAGUUUUGUAAUAAAAGGGAUCGACCCACUUUCCA